UGCUGUGCACGUGCGAAGAAAUGGCAGGUUACGUUGAGAAUUACGAAGACUGUUCGUUUGAUUACAACGAAGAUAAGCAGAAAGGCGUUUGUCUGAUAAAGGAAGAAUUUAUUAUUGAGGAUCAUGUGAGGAAUCUGAAGGAACAAUAUUUGACAGAUACUGAUAAGCAGAACAUAUCUGUUGAUGGAAAUGCAGAGAAUGCAGAUGAUGAUGUACAAGAUGAGCAACCUGCUAAGAAACUCAAACUGGACGACAAGAAAGAAAAACUCAGAGGCCAGAAUAAAGCUAGGCCACCUCCAUUUAAGGCUUCCAAAGAGUUAAGUCUAUGUCCAUGGAUUGCAGAACUAACAGCAGACGAGCCUGAGAGAAAAUGUUCGAAUCAACGGUGUACAUUUCUGCACGAUCGAAAAGAAUAUUUAAAGAUCAGACUAGAGGACAUAGGUACAGAUUGCCGUAUUUACAAUUUAACUGGCAAGUGUUCCAGAGGUGUCACUUGCAGGAUGGGUUCUAAACAUAUAACUGAGGACGGCUUUAAUAUUGUCGACAAGAAGAAAUUCGAAGAAUAUAAAAAACACUCUCCAGCCAUAAAAAAUAACUUGUCCAAGGAUCUGCAAAACAAAUUGCGCAAACGCAUGUACAAUUUUUCUCAAGCAGAGGCAAUCGUCAAAGGAAAUCAUCCGUCUAAGAAAAAGAAGAGUCCAGAAAAUAAAAUUAAAAAUGGGCAAUCAGACACUACGAUCGCAGAAUCUACUAAUAUUUCCGACAAUAGCAAUGGCGAGAAAGUAGAGAAAGAUAUUUCUGGCAACGGCAAUGAGGAGGAAAUAAACGCUACUGACUGUGAUGUUUCGCAUGAAUCAGAAGAACCGAAAAUCGGUCCCGUAGACGACAGCGAUUUGAUCAGAUUGCGACAGUCGGAAAAGAAAAAGAUCGACUGGAAAGACAAAAUACUGUUGAGCCCAUUGACGACAGUUGGCAAUUUGCCGUUUCGAAGAAUCUGCAAGGAAUACGGCGCCGACAUUACUUGCGGCGAGAUGGCAUUGGCGCCGAAAAUACUCAAGGGUGCGCAAGAGGAGUGGGCAUUAGUAAAAAGACAUGAGAGCGAGGACAUCUUCGGCGUGCAGCUCUGCGGGAAUAAUCCCGGAGUGCUGACACGUUGUGCUCAACUGCUCAAUCGUGAAAUCGAUGUGGAUUACAUCGAUCUGAACCUCGGUUGUCCAAUCGACCUGAUAUAUAGACAAGGAGGCGGCAGCGGUAUGCUCAAUCGCUUGAACGUACUCGAGACUGUGGUAAAGUCAGUUAGUCAAGUGUUGGACAUACCCUUAUCAGUAAAAACUAGAACGGGGGUCUACCUAGACAAACCAAUCGCGCAUAAUUUAAUGCCGAAGUUUCGCGACUGGGGUGUGUCCAUGAUUACUGUUCAUGGCAGAUCCCGUGAGCAAAGAUACACGAAGCUAGCUGAUUGGGAAUAUAUAGAAAAAUGCGCGGUGGCAGCGCAGCCCGUACCUGUAUUUGGAAACGGCGAUAUUCUCUCUUUUGACGACUAUCAGCGAGUGAAGCAAAUAUAUAGCACGGUACAAAGUAUCACAAUUGGUCGCGGAGCUUUGAUCAAACCGUGGAUCUUCACUGAAAUCAAAGAAAAAAAGUUGAUCGAUAUAUCGAGCUCGGAGAGAUUCGACAUACUCAGGAAGUACACGAAUUACGGACUCGAGCACUGGGGAUCCGAUACUCGCGGUGUCGAAACUACGAGAAGAUUCAUGUUGGAGUGGAUCUCUUUCCUUCAUAGAUAUAUUCCAGUUGGAAUUUUGGAGAGACCACCGCAAAGAAUCAAUGAAAGACCACCGUUCUACAGAGGUCGCGAUGACAUGGAGACAUUAAUGGCCAGUUCUAACUGCGCUGAUUGGGUGAAAUUAUCUGAAAUGUUACUUGGAAAAGUACCUGAUGGAUUCCACUUCUUGCCAAAGCACAAGGCAAAUUCGUGGAAGUAACUUGUUACGAGGAAAAAGAUUUUUAUAGGAAAUAGAAAUUUUCUAAGUCGAUUUUCUUGUACAAUGCAAUAAAAUUAGUUAAAGAAAGAAUCGUGUCGGGUUAAUGCUGGAAAUG